CUGAGUGCUGUUAUUGGCUUGUUUGUUCAGGCAGUUCAAGCAGAACACAGGGAUGGAAGUGAGAUAACAAAAGACUUUCUUUGAAUUUUAUAUUUGUGGAUUCUACCUACUAGUAUAGAAUAACAAAAAAUAAAUUCGUGACUGAGGCAAAUUCUUUUUCUAAACACAAAGUUGAACGGGGAAACACUUGAAAUAUGCAUUAAUAAAGAAUUACAAGGCUAACCUGAGUAACCAGUAUAUCUUGAUGAAUAGCACGUUGAUCUAAAGAUUUGAAUGCAAAUUUUUUUUUGAGGAUUAAGAAAUUAAAUUUUAUCAGGAAUAGUGAGGACAUUAAAAAAGAAGUAUUUUGCAUUUUACUUGGUAUACAAAUUUCAGAGAAGUGAGGAUGGCUCAAAGCCCCCUCUCCCCUAACUUGCCUGCGGGACGGAGUACGGAGUUUAAUCCACAGAUCUCCGUAGGACAAAACAAUGCGGAGAAAACUAACAGCUCCACCGACCCUAACACCGGAGCAGGUUCCUUGGCAGAGAACUUCGAAACCAGUUUUACCGCUAAUCCGAAUGGUGCGGAUUACCUCCGGUCAGAGGCUUUCCUAGAGAACUCAAUCUACGACGUAGAUACGGCCAGAUUGUUUGCGGAGAGUGAUGAGGAUGAUAGUAUGGAUGCAGUUUUUGUUUCUGAGUCAGGACCAACUAGGAUGGGUCCGCUCUAUGCAACCCCAAGGGAGGAAAUAUCCUAUCCUCGUAGAGAAUCUUCCCGGAACUGGAAUGAUGGAUGUUUCUAUUCUCCGUCCAGGUUUCAUCAAUAUGAAUCCAUGCUGACAAGUAUACCUUGUGUCCGACUACCAGACCCACACUUUAGAGAGGAAACCUAUUCCUAUCCAUCCCAUAGUAGAUAUAUUCAUUCACACUCUCUCAUGGAUGAAUAUCCCAGUCAGUCCCACCCACCCCCUCGGGACGGUUACGAAUCAUCUCAGAGUACGCAUAAUAGAUAUGUUUCAUUUCCUCCUCUUCCUCGUUUGAGACGCGCAGUCUUGCCCCGAACUCUUCAAACUUGCUCUUCUCCGAUACCGUACCAUCAUAGGAACAACAUAGAUGCAUAUGAUAUAGAAACCUAUGGUCUGGAUAAUCCAUCCUUGCAAAGAAUACCUGGAGAACAAUCCGCAUCUUCAAGUUUUAUCACAUCCUGCUCCACUGGUGCUGAUACCAUUCCUAGAGGUAAUAUUAAUGACCAUAUAAACAGGGCGAUUUCAGUCCGGAACGCUAGUACAUCAACUCCUCCUGACCUGGCUCUAAUCUCAAGUCCAGGCUCUGUCAAUGUAGCAUAUGGGGCGGUAACGGUAUCAAGGAAACGUGGUGUCGGUGAUGCAGCUGAAGGUUCAUGCACGAAAAUAAUGAAGCAUGAUAACAUAAGGGGAACCAUUAAUACUGAUUCUUCUACACUAACUGAUCAACAACAAUCAACUUCCUCCCAACUUCCUUCUAAUCCUCCUCCUUUACUGGCCACUCAUCCUACAAUGAGUAUAGUUACAACGACUGAUAGUAACGCUGAGAACCAUUCUAGUUCUAUUACUACUACUGCGGCAAGUAGUACUUUAACAUCAAGCGCUACAGUAAACAAGGUUCCACAAGUUGACUCUGAACCGAGGAUAAAAACUGAAACCUCAGGAGUUAAGACUUCGAUGUUAUCUGGUCCUGAACUAGAGCUUAUUACGUCUACCCUGGCACCUUCCAGUAAAAGCAGCUCUCGAGGAAGUAGCACUAAAUCUUCUCCCAGUCUGUCUAGAGCUUCUCCAAACCAUGUUCCUGCAUACAGCCAGGAGGCUCUAAGAGAUCUAGUGUGUGCUACACUAGCUCCAGCUGCUGCUGCAACUCUGAUCAAGAAUGAGAAGAGGGAAAAGGAGCAGAAGCGGAAAUCUAUUGUUGUGGAAACAGAACCUCAACCUGGAACUUCAGGACUCCAGGAUGUAGAUUCUACACUCCAACAUUCUCCAACUGUACUGCAUCAGUCAAGAACUGGACCUCCCAAAACCUCAACCUCCGGAGCACAGUCUGGCUCAGUAGAUAUAUCUGAACCUACUCCAUCUACAUCUGGACUCCAAUCCAGUUCUAGUACUGAGCAGGCAAGUGAUCUCGGUGCUCCAGAUCUCCAGUUGGAUUGUUUGUCAUCAGACUCUGAGGAUAGUUCCAGCGAGGAUGUCCAGGUUGUAAAGAUACCUAGAAAGAAAGGAAGGAGGCAGCCCAGACUCCCAGUCGAGGUUGAUUUGACCCAGGAGAUGACAAGUGACGAGGAUGAUAUCCGUGUAGAGGAGGUCAAAUCUAACUGUAGAUCUGUUAAUAUAUCCUCUGAGGUUACCGUUAGCGUUAGCUCUGAGUCUAUGGUAAAUAAUGAAGUAACAGAGGCUGAGAUAGUAGCUGAACCUAACCCAGGUUUCUAUCAUACAUCAGAGGCAGCUGAUGGAGUUGAAAUGUCAACAUACCAAAGACUGAGACAACUUCAUCAUAGUCAUUCAGUUUUGAUGGAACCUCACCAGCCACCCUUGCAUCACUCCAUGCAGGAGCUAGGUGACCAUGAACCUGCUGUUCCAGGUUCCUCUUCAGAUUUCAGACCUAGACGACUCCGACAUCCUUGGAACUACGAGGUCAACAGAUGCUACCAUGGACAGUUUCAUAAUCCUGUUAGCUGUCCCUGUAGAGAACAACAUGAUAUCCCUGAUGCGGGAUUUUAUCAAACUCCUCCUCCUGCGCAUAGAUCCUCUCUCUACCCUGGAAAUAUGCCAGAUUCAUCUGGUCUAGGUCGGAACAGAUUACUCCGAGCUGUGCAGAGAAUGAAUCCUAGACAUCAGCGUCUUUGGCAAAUGCAGAAUAAUCAUCAGGAACAAAUGAGACGCCAAAUGGCCCCGGCUCGAACAGCUCCGCCUGCAACCUUGCCAGUUACUGUUGUAGAGGGUAGAGCUGAGGUUCAGCAACCAAUCCCUGUAGAUGGAAUACAGGAACAACAACCAGGAAUGAGUUCUAGCGGUGCCAAUGUUCCUCCAGGGUUACAGGAGUCUCAUACUAGAGAAGGAGCGCGUCCUAUGAUAACAGUUCCUAGAAUAAUGAUCGGUUCUAGACCGUCUGCAAUUUCUCCUAUGCAGAACCCGCCCCCGGCACAUCUCCAGUCUGGUCAGCAGAGAAUGUUUGAGGAUCCUAGUGGUAGAUAUAGACGAUAUCAGCAGAGCCUGCAUAGAUGGCAUACUCCGGUCAUGCCAGAUCCUCCAACCCUUGCAUUUCAUCCAGGUCUAGAGGAUUCUAUACUUCCUCAGUAUCCUGUUCCUCAUUACCACAACCCUUGGAACUCUAAUCCUAAUCUCAGAGCCCAUAUCAACCUACCGGACCCUGAGCUAGGAGUGAUGAUACCUCGUCCUGCAGAGAACUAUCCUCGUGGUUUGGAAAAUUACGGAGGAAUUGCAAACUUCCUGCUUCAACCCCGGAGUAUGGUUGGCAUCGAGGAAUAUGUACGCCUGAUUGAGGCUAGACGCAGUGCAAGCGUAACGAGAGGAGCGAGUCGACAAUGCAUUGAACGCAACACCUUCCCUCACAAGUUCACAAAAAGAACCGUGGUUCCAGGAGAGGAGGAGGGGGAGGAAGAGGAGGCAGACAAGUGCACAAUCUGUCUCUCGGAGUUUGAGCAUGAGGAAGAUGUGCGUCGUCUUCCCUGUAUGCAUCUCUUUCAUGUGGAAUGCGUGGAUCAAUGGCUUGGACAGAACAAGAGAUGUCCUAUUUGCAGGGUGGAUAUUGAGGCUCAUCUUACCAAGGAUUACAGUGAGUCAUAGUUUAGAGGAGAAGGAGUUUUAAAAUGUUUCAUCAUUCUUUUAAUCUUAUUCAUCAUGGAACAAGAUAGUUUUGUAAUUAAAGACUUAGGAUUGUGAAAUUUAUUUUCAAAUUGAUCAUUUUUUAUAUGAUUUCUAAGCCAUACAGGACUACACAAAUUUUAUACUGAAAAUUAUUUUAAUUUUAAGGUGGCAAUUUUAUUUUCAGUAUUUUUUAUCAGCUUUUUAAAACGAAAAUAACAUCUUUACUUUUAGUUCAAACUAAAUGCAUUGCUUAUGUUUCUAUGUUUGAGAGUCUUGUUACACAAUUAAUUAUUUAACUUUUCAAUUCUGUCCCCUUAUAUUUGAACAAAAGGAUAAAACAUUCUUUCCGGACUGAACUGUGAGCGUAAUAGAAUUUAACUGUAAUAAUAAUGAUUCCUCAAUGGUGAGUUCAUUGAAUAUAUGAGAUCAUUAAUUAAUAUUAUUUAAACUCAAUUUAUUUGAUUUUAUUCGGACUGAAAAUUCUGUUGGGCAUUUUUAUAUUUAAGUUUGCUAGCUUUUACAAUAGUAACUCUGUACGCAAUACUGUUCUCUCACUUCAUUAGUAAUUUUGUCUAAUUAGUUAAUUAUUUGUAAGUAAAAUGGAAU